AUGGCAGCCGCCGAAAACGAGUUACUGCUGCCGCCGCUAUCCAAGCUCUUCGAAACCUGCAAGCAGCUUCUGGACGAAGUGGAAGUGGCGAUGGAACCCACCGGCUCCCGGAUAAUCCAAGAUAACGUGUUCAAGGGACUGGACCCCCUGAAGAAGGCUGCCGAAAUGCUAUCGCAGCUCGACUUGUUCAGCCGAAAGGAAGAUCUGGAAGAGACUGCUUCCACCAACCUGAAGUACCUGAUGGUGCCAGCAUUUCAAGGAGCAUUUGCCACGAAACAAGUCAACCCCAGCAAGCGUCUAGAUCAUUUCCAGUGGGCUCGAGAACACUUUUUAAACGACUUAACUCAGUGCCAAUACUAUCAUGUGGCAGAGUUUGAGCUGCCCAAAACCGAGACCAGCUCAGCUGAAAAUAACACUGCUCAUUCCUCCAUGGCCCAUCCCAGCCUCGUUGCUAUGGCAUCUCAGAGACAGGCUAAACUAGAGAGAGACAAGCAGAAGAAGGCGGUGGAGCAUAGGUUGUCUGCACUGAAAUCUGCUGUGGAAAGCAGUCAAGCAGAUGAUGAGUGUGUUCGUGAAUAUUACCUCCUUCACCUUCGAAGGUGGAUUGGUAUCAGCUUAGAAGAGAUUGAGAGCAUUGACCAGCAGAUAAAGAUCUUGAGAGAAAAAGACUCUUUAAAAGAGGCAUCAACUUCUCACUCAUCUCUUCAGCGCAAGCCUCCAAUGAAACCGUUUGUUCUAACUCGGACCGUGGCCCAAGCCAAAGUAUUUGGAGCUAGUUAUCCAAGCCCGGCAUCUAUGACAGUGAAUGACUGGUAUGAUCAGCAUCGGAAAUUUGGAACAUUACCAGAUCAGGGAAUAGCCAAGACAACAUCAGAGUUCAAAAGAGCAGCUCAGCAGCAAGAUGAUCGGGAACAAAAAGAGGAAGAGGAUGAUGAAGAAGCAGUCCACAGAGCUCCGAAGUGGGACGACUGGAAGGACACCCAUCCUAGGGGCUAUGGCAACCGACAGAACAUGUGUUAG